UCCAGAAAACCCAUAUAUCUCAAAUAUGGUUACAGAACAAGAUGGACCAAAUACUAAUGUACCAAAUCCUAAUCACUCAAAAGAAAAUGACUCAAUCAAUACUAUAGAUGAUCAAGAUGUAACUUUUGAGGAAAACACAACUAGUAUCCCUAUUUCAAAACAUGGUUCAUCUUUAAUGGAAAUGAAUCACAAGAACACAAAUAAUGAAACACCUGCUACAAACCAUAACCAGGAUAUAACAAUGGAACCAUUGAACUGUAACAAAGAAAACAAAACUGAAGAGAAAAAAUUUACUUUGGUUACUUCAAAAAAGAACAACCAAAAAGAAAACAAGAAGAAAACCCUUAUAACAAGUGAGGAAAGUAAUAAGA